UGUGUGUGUAUGUGCGUGUGGGGGUAUAACCUACUUUCAGAAAAGUGUGGUUAUGGUCUACCCACCGAUGCAGGCUAUGCACCAUUUUACGCGGGGUUGUUGUUUCCAUUUUAUGGCAGUAACGAAAUAGCCUAUCGAUUUAAGUUGUCCUAUUUCAACUUUGGUCAAGAUUGGAUUUUUUAAACGAGCUGGGUUGGGCAUCUCCGGCCGGCCCGCCUGGGAGCUGAGGAUCACAGCGGGGACUGACUCUCGGGUCGGAGUGCGCAAAGCAGCGCGCCAGUGAUUUAGCCGCAGUUUCCAGACGGCGCGCAGGUGGAGGCGACGAGGAGAGGAAGCAGCCGCUCAGGACGUGCUGAUGAACCGCACGGGGAUGUUCAAUACGCACACGAUUUGUUCCACGUAAAGACCGAACUGCUUCUUUUUUCUUCUUCUUCUCCCUCCGCGGUGUGAUUUUGGUAGCGGUGUCUUGGUCUGGCUCAGCUGUAACCCAAGACAAAAGUUUCCCUGCUAAAAAAAAGAAAAAAAAGGAAAAUGAUGUUCUGGUCCGCUAAUGUUUUUUCACGCAGUGUUGUGGAUUCCGGCGUCAGCGUAAGUGGACAGUCAUCACUUGAGAAAUAGCUGCGAUUUUUUUUUCCGCUCUUAAUUUCAGUGCCAGUUUCAACAAAAACAGCGGGCUUUUAUUCUCCGCACAUCAUCUCUCGCCCAGGAUUGCAUCCGUUUGAAUUAAUGUCGCACUCCAUAAUGGACUUCCUCGGACUGUACUUUUUACAGCUGGCUCUCAUCGGAAUCCCACGUAUGGCCCUCUCUGUGGGUGGGAGGGACUGUCUGCGUGCUGGUGACACCUGUUCCAGCGAUGACACCUGUAGCCCGCGACUGCGCACCCUCAGGCAGUGUGUGGCAGGGGACGGCAGCGUGAAACUGGGGCCCGGGGCGCGAAACCAGUGUGAGAACGCCAUGACGGCACUUCUGUCCACUCCUCUGCAUGGCUGCCAAUGUAAACGAGGCAUGAAGAAGGAGAAGAACUGCCUGAGUAUCUACUGGAGUCUGCAUCAAUCUGUGCUGCAUGGACUCAGCCUGGUGGAGAGCUACCCAUAUGAACCAGAGGAGAGGGGCACUGACUACGUUCGUCUGGCCUCCAUCGCUGCAGAGUCUGAAGUGACGACAGUGAACCGCUGCCUGGACGCUGCCAAGGCGUGUAACAUAGAUGAGACGUGUCAGAAGCUUCGUACGGAGUACGUCUCCUCCUGCAUCCAGCCGUCUGCCCGCUCGGGGCCGUGCAAUCGAGCAAAGUGCAACAAGGCGCUGAGGAAGUUCUUCGACCGCGUCCCCCCUGAAUACACCAACGAGCUGCUGUUCUGUCCCUGCACCGACACAGCCUGCGCAGAGCGCCGCAGGCAAACCAUCGUGCCGUCCUGCUCCUACGAAGACAAGGAAAAGCCCAACUGUUUGGCUCAGCUGCGGAUCUGCAAGGCAGACUAUGUGUGCAGGUCUCGCUGGGCACAGUUCCAGCAUGAUUGCCAGCCCUCCGAGCAGAGUGCCAGUGGCUGCAAGCAGGAGAACUACGGGCAAUGUCUGCUCGCAUACACCGGCCUGAUAGGAAGCACAAUAACUCCCAACUACCUUGACAACUCCACCUCCAAUGUGGGACCCUGGUGCUCCUGCGCAGCGAGUGGCAACCACAGGGAACAAUGCAGCGACUUUCUCACUUUUUUCCACGACAACAUCUGCCUGAAAAAUGCCAUUCAGGCCUUUGGAAACGGAUCGGAUGUGAAAACGGGGGCCAGUCAGCCUGGAGUGUCCAGUCCAGCAACGGACAACCAUAGCCCACACUUGGCAACCACUGCCCCGGGCAUCGCUAUGGAAACAGAGCAGAACAUUCUGCGGGCACAGAUACCUACUCAGGUAAAUGAGAACGACAGAUUGUGGGACGAUGACGGAGACUCCACUCUUCCCUCUCCGGGCCUUUUGGACCACGGAGCUGAGCCCGUCUGCCUCUCCAUGCCGCUGCUCAGCUUGGGCUUGCUGUUCCUCCUGCUCUCCAGUCUGUAAGAGGCCUCGGUUUGCCCGGCCUCCAAAGACAAAUGUCAAGAUCCAAGGGGGAGGGGUUGGGGCACCAGAUGAAAAAAACACAACCUAAAAACAGCCAUUUUCUAUGUGUCACGUGACGGUGAGGGAAAGGGUCAGCCUCGUCUUACCCUACUCCCCUCUCCCUUUCUGUCACAAAAAUCACUUAAUCUCUAUUUGUGAAUCAUGACUGAGAGCAGAUGUGUUGUGCAGCCCACACACUUGCAAAGACCACCUGAGUGUGUACCACUACAGUGCCAUGGGAGGGGGGAGGGGCUCAAGAGGAAGUACACAACUCAUUUCCUGCUUCACACCUGCCCAAACAUAAACUUUUCCACACAACACACACACACACAUACAUACAAGCAGACUUCACUUCAUCUGAAAAUAACAUCCAAACGGUGAAAACGAGCGAGAUCAGAAGGUGUACAGCAAAAGACACUGAUGACCCAGUGCAGGAAAACUCUUAAAUAUAUACAUAUGAAACAGCACAAUUUCUUUUCUUUUCUUUUGUUCUUGAACAUUCCUUGGUGUAAAAGAAAAAUACUCAAUGUUAAGACUUUUCUCGCAGAUGAACUGUGAUGACGUGUUACACGAAAUUUAAGCUGGAGUGUGUGUGUGUGUGUGUGUGUGUGUGUGUGUGCGCGUGUGUGUGUGUGCUCAGCUUCGCUCUUUAUUUCUUCGAAACGCACAUUUUAAAUUUCAAACUGUUGUUUUGCUACCUGGGAUGUUAGAUGGAAGCACAUCGAGUCAAAUCGCAGUGAAAAUUCUUUGAUCGUUGUCGUGCUCCAUGUUUCAGGUAUGAAGAGUUCAUUUCCAAAACAAAGAAUAUAUAAAUAUAUAUAAAUAUAUCUAAAAU